GUCAGAAAAAGAAACACACUUUCCUCUUCUUGUCUCUUCCUUUCUCUCUCUCUAUUCUUAUCCUCUCUGUUUGCCUACUGAAAAAAUUAUAUCCCUUUUAAUACACAGCAAAAAGCAUCAAAACCCUUAAUCAGAAUCAAAAGAUUCGAUUGUUCUCUCUCUCUAAUGGAAGCCGAUGUAUCCAUCCUCUUCCAAAUCAAAACCCUAACUCAAAAAUCUCCUAUCUGAUUAUCUUCUUCUCAAUAAUUCUUUUUAGGGUUUUAUGCCUUCUGUUGGGAAAUCGAAAAUGAAACGGAUUGUUGUUGUUGUUGUUGUGAUUUUCUUUUUGUCUUUAUCUGCUUGUUGUUCGAUGACCUCGGCUAGUGUGGUUUUGAUUGGCAGCAACGUUACUUUGUCUUUCGAUGAUGUUGAAGCUAAUUUCGCUCCAGCAGUUAAAAGCUCAGGUGAAUGUGGGGCAUUGAAUUUGGCAGAGCCCCUUGAUGCGUGUUCAGAUUUGAGAAAUAAAGUGGAAAAAGCUUCAAAUGUUAGCUCCCCAUAUUUGUUAAUUAUAAGAGGUGGUUGCAGCUUUGAUGAUAAAGUUAGAAGAGCUCAAGAGGCUGGAUUUAAAGCUGCAAUUGUCUAUGACAAUGAAGAUGACGGCCUCUUGGUUUCAAUGGCAGGGAAUUCAGCUGGUAUAAGAAUACAUGCUGUAUUUAUUUCUAAAUCUUCUGGUGAAACACUCAAGAAGUAUGCUGGGUUGAGUGGUGUGGAGAUUUGGCUAAUCUCUAGCUUUGAAAAUUCAGCAUGGUCUAUUAUGGCGAUCUCUUUUAUUUCCCUGCUGGCCAUGUCUGCAGUGCUGGCUACUUGUUUCUUUGUACGCAGGCAUCGUAUAAGAAGAGAGCGGCCUCGUUCUUCUCAAGUCCGAGAGUUCCAUGGGAUGAGCAGACGCAUGGUGAAAGCAAUGCCAAGUUUAAUAUUUACAGCUGUUCAAGAAGAUAAUUGUACUUCAAGGACAUGUGCCAUAUGCCUUGAGGAUUACAGUGUAGGGGAAAAGCUCAGGAUUCUGCCAUGUCGACACAAAUUCCAUGCUUUUUGUGUCGACUCCUGGCUUACCACAUGGAGAACUUUUUGCCCAGUGUGUAAGCGUGAUGCAAGAACUAGCAAUGGUGAGCUGCCAGCAUCAGAAUCCACACCAUUACUUUCAUCAAGCCCAGCAUCUUUGGCGUCUUCUUCUGUGCUGUCAUCCUUUAGAUCUACAUCAUCAUUGGCCAUACAAAUUGCCCCUACGUUAUCACAGUCUCCAUCAGUUUCUCAUAUUCCAUCGUCGCGUUCACCUUCAGUUGCUCAUGUUCCUCUUUCUGGCACUCCAUAUGUCCAGCAGUCUCUUAGGUCGUACCACCAAUCACCUUCUCUAAGUGUAAGUCGCAGCUCAGCGGAUCUAAGGCAUGCAUCAUCACAAAGAUCCAUUGCUUCUCAUUUAAUUUCAUCUCACUCCUUGGGCUACCCAUCAAUAUCACCUCGUACCUCAAGAUACAUGUCUCCAUAUAUUCCUAGCCCAAGCAAUGCAUCGCCUUGUUUUUUAAGUUCUUCAAGUCACCAACAGCGGCCACUGCAUUGUAGUGAGUCUGCUGCGAGUUUCUCCCCAUUUGCCUCUGCUCAUUCACUUCCAGAAUGUUAAUUUGAGAUGCAUUUAAUGAUCGGGAGCUUUUAGUUAUGUAACUACCAGCAUUUGUUGCAUACUUCAAUCCUCGAGAUGUAUCAGGGCAUUAGUUCGUGAUGGGAUUUGUCCAAUAUGAUGGUUGCCUUGCCUCGCUCAAUGCUUGGAGCAUGUCAUGCUGCUGCCUGAUUUGUACAUUGUAUCAUACCAUUUCUGCCUGAUGUAUUAAUUCCAAAGUGAUAACUAUAGUUUGAGGUUUCGAAAAAUUUUACGCAGUUUUUAUGUGUGAUGUAUCAAGCUGUGGUGAAAAAUGUGAUGUUUGAAUAGUUUGGAUUGAACGUGUAUAGUUUAACUAACCCGAAAGGCACUAACCAUUUAGCUGUGAAGAGUGUGCGGUAGGAGGUGCUGUAUGCUUGUUUAUGUUGAUGAAUUGGGUUUUGUUCUUUUGUAUUGUUACGUUUGGAUUCAUUUAUGUUUGUCA